AUGCGUCUUCCGGGGGCGUGGAAGCGCCAUGCUUUCCCGCUUACGCUCCUGGCGGCCACGGCCAAGGCGACUAUCACAAGUGCGCCAGAGAGGAGGCAGGAACCUAGCAUCACAGCGAUCAGCGACUGUCGGAUGCAGCAGACUGAUCAAUACUGCAUGGUGGGUGCCACCGGAUAUCGCGUUCUCGCGCCCGGGACUCCAACUUCGGAGCUCGCAUCCUCAUACACGGACUGCCAUGCCCAUGUCGCAGAAACGUGGUGCAUGAAUCCCAACGGCGGCGAAGUCCAGAUCACAUUGUAUACUCCGCCACCCAGCAUCACGGCAGUCACUGAUUGCCAUCUGAGCGAGUCCCAAGUGUACUGCUCGUCGGACGCCACCGAAUUCCAAGUUUCGGCCACGGUGACGGCGAGCUCGGAUGUGCCGCCGACAUACACGGGCUGCCAUAGUCACGGCACAGACACAUAUUGUCUCGGGCCAUCGGGGGACGAGGUCCAAGUCCUAACCGGGUCGGAAGAAGCCGAAGCUGAUACCGGCUCCGACGAGCCAACCGAAGAAAACUGUCACUUCCACGCCGGCGUUGAGCACUGUGUGGGCGGCAGUGGAGGCGCUCGCAGCUGUGAGCGGACAGACCGCGAGUACAAUGUUCCCCUGAGAAUUGGUCUUCUCUUUGCUAUCUUGGUUACCAGUUCCAUCGGUGUCUUCGCUCCUAUCCUUCUCGCCAAGUUCUUAUCCGCCAGAGCAAACACGGUUCUUUUGAUCAUCAAACAAUUCGGCACUGGUGUGAUCAUGUCUACCGCUCUUGUGCAUCUGUUUACACACGCGGAGCUCAUGUUUGCCAACGAGUGCCUGGAGGGGGUAAUGUACGAGGCGACCACGGCCGCUAUCCUUAUGGCCGGGCUCUUCAUGUCCUUCUUCGUCGAAUACCUUGGCUACCGCUUCGUCAAAUCCCGGGCCAAGAAGGCAGCAGCCGCUCAGAGUAUGCAAGGCGCCGUGAUGUCAGUACAAAGCAUAAGAUCGCUGGAGUUGGUCAGCGUGUACAUUAUGGAAGCCGGCAUCAUUUUCCACUCCCUGCUCAUCGGCCUCACCCUCAUGGUAGCGGGCGACAGCUUCCUACUGACCCUCUUCGUGGUAAUCAUCUUCCACCAAAUGUUCGAAGGCCUCGCUCUCGGCACGCGCAUCGCCGCGCUCGGCUCCGGCAGCAACUCCAGCUUCACCCUCGGCCACACCCACACCUCCCCCAUCCCCACCACCAAAGCCACCAGCGAGAACAGCGCAACCGCCACCGCCACCCACCCAGAAGACUCCGCCACCUCCCACACCGAGUUCGGCGGCGCCGGCGACGCCACCACACCGUUAUUUCACGUAUCCAUGGCGAAGAAGAUCUACCUCGCCGCGGCGUUUGCGCUGGUCACCCCCGUCGGCAUGGCCAUCGGCAUCGGUGUGCUCGACGUCUUCAACGGCAACGACCCGCAGACCAUUGUGGCCAUUGGCGUGCUGGAUGCCUUUUCGGCGGGCAUUCUGUUGUGGGUGGGCGUGGUGGAGAUGUGGGCUGCCGAUUGGGUGUUUGGGGGCGGGUUGACGGAUGCGGGUGCCGUUGUUACGGGGCUGGGGAUGGGCGGGUUGGUGGCCGGGAUGGUGGUUAUGAGUGUGUUGGGCAAGUGGGCUUAG